AUGGAUUUAACCAACCCGUCGAUUGGAAAGUUUAACGAGAAAGAAUUGCUGCAUGGCUUGAAUGAUCGUCUUGCUGGAUUCAUAAAGAAGGUGCACCAGCUGGAGCGCCAAAAUCAUCUGCUGGAGAGAGAAAUCGCGGAGAUCAGAGGGAAAGCAAAACCCGCAUCUUGUUUGGAGCAGGAGUAUGGACCAGAGCUCGGGAAACUGAGACAGCUGGUCCAGGACAUUACACACCAGAAGCACCAGAUUGAAAUAGAACAUGAGAAUUUGGAGGAAGAGCUGUCCCACUUGAGAAGAGAACAUGAUAAGGAAACGCAUAGCAGAUCAGAUGCAGAGAGCAAUAUUGUAAUCUUGAAGAAGGACAUCAGUGACGCGUAUCAGGCUAAACUACAGCUUGACAAGAAAGCGCAGUCUCUCGUGGAUGAAAUCCACUUUCUCAAGACAAACCAUGAGGCCGAGGUGAAAGAGAUUCUUCACAAAAUUCAGGAUGCGCAGGUGACUGUCAGGGCGCACGAAUUUGGCAGCCCUGGCAUCACUGCGGCACUCAGGGACAUCAGAGCACAACUGGAAGGUCAUGUCGUGUCCGACGUCCUGAAAGCAGGAGAAACUUUCCAAUCUCAGUUUGCAAAAUUAACCGAGGCAGCGGAGACAAAGAGAGAGGCGAUAAAAGCGACCCAGCAAAAGAUUCAGGAGUACAGGAAGCGUAUGCAGGCCAAGAGCAUUGCACUGGACUGCGCUAAAGGCACCAGGGAAGCGCUGGAAAAGCAACUUCAUGACGUCCAGGAUCGCCACAAAGAAGAGAUAAUUCAUUACCAGAACACAAUCAAAGAACUUGAAAAUGAGCUCAUAAAUUGUAAAUUUGACAUGUCUGGUUAUUUGCGGGAGUACCAGGACCUGUUAAAUGUGAAGAUGGCUUUGGAUAUGGAGAUAAUGUCUUACAGGAAACUUCUCUGUGGUGAAGAAGCUCGGCUAUCUAAAAUGUCGGACACCCCUUUCUCCUUGCCCUACAUCUACCACCAGUCACCUGUGUACACUCUUCCUUGCCUGAGUCGCCCUGGAGGCCCACAAAGGCGAGUCGAGCCCCAAUACAAGUUUGUAGAGGAGAUCAUAACGGAGACCACCAGGGAAAUUGAGAUGUCAGAAUUUGAGGAGACAGGAUCAGAGGAGACGGAAGUGGGAAAAGAUGAGCAGGAGUGUACGGAAAGAGAUAGAAGGGGCAGUGAGGAAGAGAAGGAUAAUAAUAAAGACAGUGGAGAGGACAGAGGUGAGCAGGUGUCUGAUAGUCAGCUGUAUCAAGUAGAAUCAGAGGAAAAUGUUGUGAAUGGAGAUGGCAAUGGGGAUAGCGGGAGUCCUGGUGAGGUGGAUGAUGAACGUGACAAAAGUAAAGAGGAGUCAGAAGAAACAGAAGCAGCUGACGAGGAGAACAAUGGCAUAGAUAAAGAUAAUCAAAGCAAAGUUGACUUAAUUGAGAGCCUUGAUAAAGAAGAAAAUGGGCAACAUCAAAAAGUAGCUGAAAACACAGAGGAAGAGAAAGAAGAUGCAACAAGAGUGGAAACAGUUCAGAAUGAUUUCCCUUCAAAACCAGAGGAGUUAAAGCCCGAGGUCACCUUGGAGGAAGAACUAAUAAAAAAAUCAGACGAAGAUAAAAAUGAAGAUGCUGAGAAGGCUGAUCUAAAAGAUAGUCUCACCCCAGCUCAGGUGAAGAAGCCCAUUGAUAAGCCUUCCACCCAAGAGUCUAAGGAUUUAGACAAAACUCAAGAGCUAAGCAGCAAUAUUCAAGUGAAAGAUAAGGCUCACACCUUAGCUUCAGAAAUGGUCGAGAAAACCACAGAUUUAACAGCAGAGCCAAAGAGCACUCUGCCUGUAGAGACUGAGGAACCUUCAGAAAAUAUGUCUAAAAAAACCUCAGGCAUAAUAACCAAGAGUGAGGGAAAGGAAGACAGUCAUUCAGAGCCAAUGGAUAACAGUCAAGCUGAAGCUCUAAGAGAGGAAGACAAACUCACAAAAAACAUUCAAGAUGUCACAGGUGAUGGCAGCAAGGGCCAACAUGAAGAGCCAUCGCUUAAAUCUGAUGUAAGAAGUCUUCCUGAAGUGGGCGAUCAAAAGCCAGACAGUGGCGACAAAAUCCAAACAGUCCAAACUGUGUUGCCAGGGGAAAAGACUAGCACCACUGCAGAAAUAGGAGAG